UUCAGGUAUAGCACUACGACCGUUUGGCCUCUCCCUUAUAUACCUCCUUCUCUACUUAAUAGCACCAUUCCCUCAAGUUCCUGACUCCAAAACGUUUAAAGGAUGGCGAGGAAAAUAUCUCCUCUUGAAUAUCAUCGUGUCUAUUCUUCUAUUAUUAACGCAUGCAGCAUGGCACAGCGUGCUUGCCGCCUUCGGGAGCUAUGGUUCUAUUCUCGAAAAAUAUCCAAUUAUCAAAGAGAUUGGACUUAAUCUUGGUUUAGUGUCUUACGAUGGUAUAGAUCCGCUCAUGGCAAUACACUAUUUGGCGCCAGAGUUAAUUAUGACAGGCGUGUCGCUUGCUGUCUACGUUAUGGUCCGAAAACUCCUCGUCGGCUCACCCAUUGAAGAAGUUGAGAGGAAAGACUCAAAACAUCAAAAUUUCCCUUUACUGACUAGUGCUGGCAAAUACGCAGCAUUGUUCCUCAUAAUGUUCUCCGGUAUAAUGCGGCCUAGUAUCACUUCGGGGAUUUAUUUCCUCGUGUUCAUGGGGGCUGCGACAGCCUGGGCCCUGGGCCGGCCAUUAGAGCGCGGCUUCGCAGUCAUCAGUCGGUGUGUGAUGGCCAUCAUGGGGGUCCAUAUAGCUGUGCUGCUUGUGUACCAGUGCUCUUGGCUUAUUGAGAUAUAUCCACCUGAUAUGGAUAUGGCUAGAUACUUCGGUUUAACCAAAUUAGUUAUAAUAAAUAGUACAAAUUCAUCGACAAGUUUUACAUACGAAGUCACAGAAGAUCACAUGUGGGCGACGCUGGCGAGUCCUCUAGUCAUUCUGUUCGCUUAUUUCUUCCUGGCUAUAGAAUCGAGAGAGCUGUUCAAGCCCAAGGCGAAGAAAAAGAGUGCUUUAACUGGUGUAGAAGCGGGAAAAGUGAAUGGAUCGCUCUUGCGCGGUGUUUCCUUCCACCGCGCCAGCCGGUACGCGCCGAGAGACAAAUGGAGGAACGCAACGAAAAAAGUUCGAGUUGCAUAUUCGUACAUAAAUUCCCAAGCACUGCGCGGUGACACCGGUGAGACUACUCCCUUAAUCAGCACGAUAAGUCCAAGCAAGCGAUGGUCUAGCGUGAGGUCGGGAUCAGUGUCACGGCCAUUGCAUCAAGACUCCACUGGAUCUGUAGUCGUACCAGAUGAAGAAUCUGUUUUGGAAGUUGAAGAACCAACACUGAUGGAUGAUAUAUUAUCUGCUGUUGUCGACUUUUUCCAAGUGCUUGUUAGGUCAUCCUACAUAGCAACAACUAUAACAAUGAUGGCUUGGAGCAUAAUGUUUCACUCUUGGUUGACCUUCGUGUUCCUAAUGUGGGCAAAUAUCGUAUGGCUCUGUCAGGACCAACGAUCUUUUAUGCUUAAGACGAGUCCUGUAUUGGUUUUAUACGCGAUGUUGUUGCUAAUAGCGCAAUAUAUUUAUGGCAUGAAUCUGUACGAAUAUGAACUGCCUUCCAAUAUAACGGAAGUGAACCUCCGUCAAAUAGGCCUGGGCCGCGUGGACGGCGAGCCAUGCGUGCCGCUGCUCAUCAAGUCACUGUUCACGUGCAUGUUCUGGGUGACGUUGCGGCAACGCGUGCAGGAGAUCCGGCAACGUCGCCAGUCCGCCGCCGUCACGGACAUGGCGGCGCCGCUGCAGCUCACUGUCUCCACUGCGGCCAGUGUAUUGGAAGCAGAACGCGAAGACGAAAACCGGUCCCGCCUAUUGCGUGCGCUGGGCGAGUGGUUGCGUGCGAUGUGCGCUCGCUAUUGGAUCUACGUUGUCGUCAUCAUGCUGUUCGUUAUUGGCGUUACGGGUGACAGGAUGACGAUAUUCCGCAUCAUUUAUAUGUUCCUGUUCCUUGGGUUUAUACUCAUGUUCCAAAUAAGUUGGUACUGGUGGCGAAGACUGAUGUAUAUAUUUUGGAUAACAGUGAUUAUAUACUCUAUGAUAAAUCUUAUACUGAUAUAUGUUUACCAAUUUGACAAUUUCUCUAAAAUGAUUGAAACAUAUCUGAUGAUUAACGAAAGAUUGCAGCACGAUCUUGGUCUUGAUACAUAUCACCCAGCUGAUUUAUUUGUGAAACUUUUAACACCAACGCUUUUCUUGAUAAUCACUAUAAUGCAAGUGCAUUAUUUCCACAAAGACUUCAUGGAGUUAUCGGACCCAAAAACUAUAUCAAAUAGCAUAGUAAGAGAAGCUGGAUCCAGUAGACCGAGCCAAGUCCAGUCCACAAUGAAAGAUGAUUUACCGGCGCUCCCGGACGAAGAAGAACGCGAGAUCCAAGGACCUAACUCGCCGAGUGACACUGAAGUUGAACAGUCUAUGGCCACGUCCUCCAUACACACUGCGGCCAGACGAUCAAUGCACAGGAAACCCUCCCGCAGCCGAUCAUACGCGCCCACAAUAACGGAACGUGGUUCGAUCAAAUUCCGGCCGUGGCUCGCAGCUAACUUCAACAAAAUGAGAGAGUUGUUGUUGCAAUGGACGGACAAGGCGUUCAUAUUUCUCGAUAUACACCUUAUUAAGAUCCUCUUUAUUUCCCUCAUGCUGUUAUGUGUUUUUAAUGUUUGCGCGAUGCACGUACCAAUAAUGAUUUUAAUUUCACCAGCGCUAUUGUUGAGUUCUAGAAAGCAACGUUUUUGCAUUCUUAUUAUUUCGACGCUAAUAAGUGUGUAUCUUAUGGCCAAGAUGGUUUACCAAAUUGAGUAUAUAAAGCAUUCCUUCUUUGAUGUCAAUUGCACUAUGGAAGGUGAAAACAGUACAAUAAAUACGACAACAUACAACAAUGCGGAAUGGAUUGGCUUCUACAAGGCGACACGUGAAAAGCCCCUUGUGGUUCUGUUGAAGGGAUACAUCGCUUUAAUAGCAAUGUUCACUUUCUACUCCUUGGUUAUGUAUCGACAACAAACGCACAGGGAUUUGGGAGUUCUGCCGCACAUGAAAGAGAAGUUGAUGUUCCCGGAAGUGACCCGUAAAGAUGCUGACAGGGAUUUGAUACAUUAUAUCAAAUAUUUAUUCAACUAUGGCUUUUAUAAAUUUGGCGUUGAAAUAACGUUAAUAUGUUUAAUGGGUGUGAUAGGUUCUCGUAUGGACCUAUAUGCCGUUAUAUAUUCCGGGUGGUUAUUAGCACUUGUAUCUCUACGAAGGAAGCCUCUCGCGAAUCUAUGGCCGGCUUUUACUGGGCUCAUAACACUCCUUGUACCUUUGCAAUAUAUGAUCGCUGUUGGGUUUAUGCCACAGUUCUGUAUACAAUAUCCUUGGAGAGGAGAUGAUCAGCAAAUGAAACACGUACGCACAUGGCUCUUCCUUCCAUACACGGCAGAACCGCCCCACGCUGCAAAACUCAUAUUCGAUUUCUUCCUGCUGAUGUUCGCUUCCCGGCAACUGAAAGUUUUUAGAAUAGAAAAGGCUCAAGGAGAUAAUUACCCGGGCGGAUCCAAUAGUGAAGAUAUAGGCCAGGAUUGGGAGACGCCGAACUUUGUCAAUCCUGUGCCUGAUUUUCUAUGUUAUGUUGGAUCGUGGUUAGACGUGAUCAAGCGGAUGGUGUUCCUAGGCAUGCUGUGGGUGACACUAGCGAUCAUGUUCAUGACGGGAACCAAUCGCGUGAACCUCUUCUCUAUGGGUUAUCUGAUUGGAUCGUUUAUUUUCUUGUGGCAAGGGACUGACUUUUACCUGCGACCCAAAGAAGCUAUAUUGCAAUGGUGGUCAUGGCUCGUGCGUUACAACGUGUGCGUGGUGGUGAUCAAGGCGGUGCUGCAGAUCCCCGGCUGCAUGUUCAGCCGCGUGAUGCAAGAGCACGCGUGCUGGCUCGUGCAACUGCUCGGUAUUGGAUGCGUGGACAAGUUCGCGGGAGGGAAUAUCGCGCAGUUCCUAAAGAUGCACUAUGACAAGGAUACAGCUUGUUCUGUGCCUCAAGAAGAUAUUGGACUUGCUUGGGAUGGAGUGUGUUUCGCCUUUCUCAUACUACAGCGAAGAUUGUUCCACAGCUACUACUUCUACAGGGUUAUCGAUGAAAGUAAAGCAACAACGGUAUUGGCUUCCAGAGGUGCGGAGUUGAUAGAAGAACUUCGACAGAAGCAAAUGAUGAUUCAAGAGGAACAAGAAAUUAAAAUACUCGAAAAAAUAAAAGUGAAAAUGGAACGAAUUAAAGCGAACCAGAAGAAAAUACAGGGUGCUAUGUCUAAGGAGCCUGUGCAUCACGAUGCAGCGCGUGUGAGGCCGCCGUAUAAGCCGCCCGCCAGCCAUCAGAAGGCUGUACGCUCUGGUGACUACUACAUGUUCGAUGAAUUUGACGACUUCGAUGUUCAUCUUAAGGAAGAAGAAUCAAGUACAGACGAAGACGAACCCAAGGAGAUGGGUAUCGGCAAGUUGCUGUCGACGGCGAUAAAGACGGACGUGCGGCGCGCCGUGUCGCUCAGGCGCGCGUCCAUGCCCGCGCUCAGGACGAGCCGGCGUGCGUCGUUGCCCGCGCACCCUAUGUCGUAUCAGAUGCGUCCGCAUUCGUCCCGCGCGGACGGAACGCAGGAUGAAGAGGACAUAACGAUGCGAGAACGACCCGGACCUUCUUCAGAACUGGAUGAUUACGCUCCAUUACCUGAAAACGAAACAUGGAUGGACAAAUUGAAGGGCCUUCUGGAUACAGUGAGCGCUUUUAUAUCGAGUAUCCUCGUUUCACUAACUCGACAUCUAAUGAAGUAUUCACGCAACUACCGAUAUGUUUCUCGAACUCUUUCUAUUGAAAAGAAAAUACUGAAGGAGAAAGAAGGUUUCGGCAUUGGAAUACGAGAAGGAUCACAGAUGAUUUGGGAACCAUUGCCAGACUCACUCAUACACCAUAAAGACAUCACGACGUUGGAAGAACAAGACGACUCAAUGUUCAAACAAGACAAGUCUCCGUUGGUACACCUCGGAUAUGCUCUCUGGUAUGCAGUACUGGCGCAUACAGACAUCGUGUGCUACAUCAUGGUGUUUAUAAAUCAGAUACAAUCAGCUACAAUAUUGUCCAUUCCAUUACCAUUGAUGGUCUUCUUGUGGGGAACCUUAACAAUACCCAGACCAACUAAAACAUUUUGGGUCACUCUCAUCGCUUACACUGAGGUCAUAGUAUUGAUAAAAAGCAUGUUCCAAUUUGAAAUCUUGCCUUGGAACCAAAAGGCGAUACCAGCCAACAUGCCUUUCACAGCGCCGAGAAUUAUAGGCAUUGAAAGGAAAUACAAUUAUGCGUUGUACGAUCUAUUGUUACUGCUUAUUAUCUUUUUACACAGGUUCAUGUUAAAAUCACUAGGGCUAUGGAAGGAAUCCAGCCCCGAGGUGGAACUGCAAGAGGACAGGGACUAUCCGCUCACGGCCGAAGACACGCAGAUGCUGGUAGAGGGGCGCGGCGCGGAGGUGGGCCGCAAGUACGUGCAAAUGCACGAGAGGAUCGGCCCCGCAAAUGGAUCCAGUUCAAACGGUGUGUUGGCAACGAACGAUACAAGCAAUUUGCCGCAACUAGAAGAACGUCACGACGAACCUGGACCCUCUAAAGAACCAGAUGAGUACGGGGUAAAUGAUGAUGAAGAACCAAUAAUUACCGUCAACACAACACUGGAAGAUACAUAUCAGCACUAUCCCAAUGUGAUACUGUUGUCAAUAAAACGCUACCUGAGCCCGACGCAGCGCUUCUUCCAGCGCAUGUUGGCGCCGGGCGCGCGCGUCACGGCCGACGUGUACGCGUACAUGUUCCUAUGCGAUUUCUUCAAUUUUCUCGUCGUCAUCUUUGGAUUCGCUGCUUUUGGGACACAUCAAGGCGACGGCGGCGUCCAAGCCUAUUUCGAAGAGAACAAAGUGCCCAUACCGUUCUUAGUGAUGUUGAUAUUACAAUUCGCCUUGAUCAUCAUCGACCGAGCACUGUACCUGCGCAAGUUCAUGCUCGGAAAAAUAUUGUUCCAAUAUGCAUUGAUAAUUGGCGUUCACAUAUGGAUGUUCUUUGUCCUGCCUUUUAUAACCGAAAGAACAUUCAACACGCUGCUCCCUCCCCCCAUGUGGUACAUGGUGAAGAGCGUUUAUUUACUGCUUUCGGCAUAUCAGAUCCGAUGCGGAUACCCAAGAAGGAUCAUUGGAAAUUUCCUCUGCAAAUCCUAUAACUUCUUGAAUAUGAUCUGCUUCAGAGGAUUUAUGGCGGUUCCAUUCUUAUUCGAACUACGUACGCUCAUGGACUGGAUAUGGACUGAUACGUCCAUGACUCUCAUGGACUGGCUCAAAAUGGAGGAUAUAUUCGCCAGUGUUUUCUUAUUAAAGGUAUAUAGAGCUAUUUAUAUAUUUAUAUAA